AUGGAAGCCUCUGGCCCCAUCCCACAUACCUUGCUCUUUUCAGUCUGGCUCUUCCUGAAACAUAUCCUUCAUAAUAAGCUGGUGAUCUGGUACAGUACACCGCUGCCAGGACCGUGCGUGCAGCGCCCCGCCGUCCGCCCCCGGUCGCCAUCCUUGUCCUCGUCCUCCGCAGCGUUGACGCUCUCCAUCCCUGUCCCCAUCCCGGCUUGCGCGUUCUGGCCUCUCCGCCUGUCGCCCUCGCCCUCCCCGAGGGCCCCAGUCGCCGCCCUGGCGCUCCCCGCGGCUCCCGCUGAGGCCGCCUGCGCCCUGUGCCAGCGCGCGCCCCGCGAGCCUGUGUUCGCCGAUUGCGGCCACCGCUUUUGCCGGGCGUGCGUGGUGCGCUUCUGGGCGGAGGAGGACGGGCCCUUCCCGUGCCCCGAGUGCGCCGACGACUGCUGGCAGCGCGCCGUGGAGCCCGGCCGCCCGCCGCUCAGCCGCCGCCUGCUGGCGCUCGAGGAGGCUGCCGCGGCGCCCGCGCGUGACGGCCCGGCUUCGGAGGCGGCGCUGCAACUGCUGUGCCGCGCCGACGCGGGCCCGUUGUGCGCCGCCUGCCGCAUGGCCGCAGGGCCAGAGCCGCCUGAGUGGGAGCCCCGCUGGAGGAAGGCGUUGCGCGGCAAGGAGAACAAGGGGUCCGUGGAGAUCAUGAGGAAAGAUCUGAAUGAUGCUCGGGACCUGCACGGCCAGGCCGAGUCUGCUGCUGCUGUCUGGAAGGGACACGUGAUGGACCGCAGAAAGAAGGCCCUGACUGACUACAAGAAGCUGAGGACUUUCUUUGUGGAGGAGGAGGAGCGCUUCCUGCAGGAGGCAGAGAAAGAGGAGGGGUCCGCCGAGGAUGAAGAUGCAGACCCUGCUGAGAGGUUCAGGUCCCUGCUGCAGGCCUUGUCGGACCUGGAGCGCAGGCACCGCAACCUGGGCCUCAGCAUGCUGCUCCAGUGAUGCCAGGCAGAGGAAGCUGGCUCCACCCUGGCCCAGCGCCCCCUCCCACCCCCCACCCCCUGCAACAGCUCUUCCAUCCAUCUCCUUCAGAACCCCGGAGGGUCUACGCCUAGGUGUAGACGGGCUGUUUACCGUAGGUGCCACCUUGGGUUGUCCCCUUAGCAGUGUCUAUGUUCUUUUUUCUUGGGUAUUCCUGUUUCCAGGCUGUGAAUGCCUCUCUGGAGCCCUGAAAGUGGGGAGGGGGGAGCGGGUUGGUAACUCAAGUGUCCUGUUCUGUCUCUUCAUAAAGCUGUUGUUGCUGCCAGUCUCAUCA